GCCUCCAGAGGAGGGGCUGGGGGAGCUGGGAGGGGCGGGGGCGGCGGAAGGUGAGCUCGCCUAGGUGGCCCCGCGCCCCUUCUGCCGGGGCCCCUCCCAGUGCUCCCUCUGGGUGUCAGCCUCAGCCCGUUUGCCCCCACUCCAUACCUUCCCUCCCCCUUUCGAAGGGAUUGCCUUUUUUUUUUUCCUCUGCGGCGGCGGAAAUGACAGUGUGGUGCUGCCGUGGUGUCAUGGUGCUGCCUCUGGACAGAGGGGUGAAAACUCUUUAAGUUUAGCCCGAGAGACCCAGUGGUGGCAGCGUCGCAGUCACCGUGCUGUCCCCUGAGGGGCGCGCGGAUCUCGGUGGCUCCGCGGCAGCGGCGGCGGCGGCGGCGGCUGCGGCGUUGAAGGCGGGCGGCGGCCUAGAGUGGUGGUGGCGGCGGCGGCGGCGGCGGCGGCAGCGACGGCGGCCCGGGAGCUCGCUCUGGAGCCAGAGCCAGCUUGCUGCGGAGGCCGGCGAGCGCCCCGCGCUCCCAGGCGCGCGUAGGAGAUGGCUGGCACCCGGGAAUGCUAUGGGUAAAAUGCGCCCCCUCGCCGCGGCCCUGGGGCUCCAGCGUUGCCUCCCGCACACGGCUCGGCCCCGGCUCCAGCUGCUCUUCAGGUGAAAGCCCAGCCUCUGUGGUUCUUAAUGCCUCAGCAGGAUUAUUUUCACUAAAGAUGGAAACACUGGAGUCUGAAUUGACCUGUCCAAUCUGCCUUGAGUUGUUUGAAGACCCCCUUCUGCUCCCUUGUGCUCAUAGUUUGUGCUUCAGCUGUGCCCAUCGCAUCUUGGUCUCAAGCUGCAGCUCUGGUGAAUCCAUUGAACCUAUUACUGCUUUCCAGUGUCCUACAUGCCGGUAUGUUAUCUCGUUGAACCACCGGGGCUUGGAUGGCCUCAAGAGGAAUGUGACCUUGCAGAACAUUAUUGAUCGCUUCCAGAAGGCUUCGGUUAGUGGGCCCAAUUCACCAAGUGAGAGCCGUCGGGAGAGGACUUAUAGGCCCAGUUCCACCAUGUCUAGUGAGCGAAUUGCUUGCCAAUUCUGUGAGCAGGACCCACCAAGGGAUGCUGUGAAAACGUGCAUCACCUGUGAGGUCUCCUAUUGUGACCGUUGCCUGCGGGCCACUCACCCUAACAAGAAACCUUUCACCAGCCAUCGCCUGGUGGAACCAGUGCCAGACACACAUCUCCGAGGGAUCACCUGCCUGGAUCAUGAGAAUGAGAAAGUGAACAUGUACUGUGUAUCUGAUGACCAGUUGAUCUGUGCCUUAUGCAAACUGGUGGGUCGUCACCGAGACCAUCAGGUCGCCUCCCUGAAUGACCGAUUUGAGAAACUGAAGCAAACUCUGGAGAUGAACCUCACCAACCUGGUUAAGCGCAACAGUGAACUAGAAAAUCAAAUGGCCAAACUAAUACAGAUCUGCCAGCAAGUUGAGGUGAAUACUGCUAUGCACGAGGCAAAACUUAUGGAAGAAUGUGAUGAGUUGGUAGAGAUCAUCCAGCAAAGGAAGCAAAUGAUUGCUGUGAAAAUCAAAGAGACAAAGGUUAUGAAACUGAGAAAGUUGGCACAGCAGGUAGCUAAUUGUCGCCAGUGUCUUGAGAGGUCAACAGUCCUUAUCAACCAAGCUGAACAUAUCCUGAAAGAAAAUGACCAGGCACGGUUUCUACAGUCUGCAAAAAAUAUUGCCGAGAGGGUCGCUAUGGCAACUGCAUCUUCUCAAGUUCUGAUUCCAGACAUCAAUUUUAAUGAUGCCUUUGAAAACUUUGCCUUGGAUUUUUCUAGAGAAAAGAAACUGUUGGAGGGGCUAGACUACUUAACAGCCCCAAACCCACCAUCUAUCCGAGAAGAACUCUGUACAGCCUCCCAUGACACCAUUACAGUCCACUGGAUCUCGGAUGAUGAGUUCAGCAUCAGCUCCUAUGAGCUUCAGUACACCAUAUUCACUGGCCAGGCUAACUUCAUCAGUAAGUCAUGGUGUAGUUGGGGCCUGUGGCCAGAGAUAAGGAAAUGUAAGGAAGCAGUAAGCUGCUCAAGAUUGGCCGGGGCGCCACGAGGCCUGUAUAAUUCAGUGGAUAGCUGGAUGAUUGUGCCCAAUAUUAAACAGAACCAUUACACAGUACAUGGACUCCAGAGUGGAACACGCUACAUCUUCAUUGUUAAAGCCAUAAACCAAGCGGGCAGCCGGAACAGUGAACCCACCAGACUAAAAACAAACAGCCAGCCCUUUAAAUUGGAUCCCAAAAUGACUCACAAGAAGUUGAAGAUCUCCAAUGAUGGACUGCAGAUGGAGAAGGAUGAAAGCUCUCUGAAGAAAAGCCAUACCCCAGAGAGGUUUAGUGGCACAGGGUGCUAUGGGGCAGCAGGAAAUAUAUUCAUUGACAGUGGCUGCCACUAUUGGGAAGUGGUCAUGGGUUCCUCAACAUGGUAUGCAAUUGGUAUUGCCUACAAAUCAGCUCCAAAGAAUGAAUGGAUUGGCAAGAAUGCAUCCUCCUGGGUCUUCUCUCGUUGUAAUAGUAACUUCGUGGUGAGACAUAACAACAAGGAAAUGCUGGUGGAUGUGCCCCCACAGCUUAAGCGUCUUGGUGUCCUCCUGGAUUAUGACAACAACAUGCUGUCUUUCUAUGACCCAGCUAACUCUCUCCAUCUUCAUACUUUUGAUGUGACCUUUAUCCUACCAGUUUGUCCAACAUUCACAAUCUGGAACAAAUCCCUAAUGAUCCUUUCUGGCUUGCCUGCCCCUGAUUUUAUUGAUUAUCCUGAGCGGCAGGAGUGCAACUGCAGGCCUCAGGAAUCUCCCUAUGUGUCUGGGAUGAAAGCUUGCCAUUAAGUUUCAAGAGAGCAGAGAAUUCACUGGCUCUACAGUUCAGCAGUCCUUUCCCUCUUAAAUUUCAGUUAGUGCUCAAUAACAUGAGACACAAAGGAAAGUUUAUUUGAAGCAUCCAAAAGAGCUAGUUACUGUAGAUUUAAUUUUUGUGCACAAAAGCUUGUAUUUGAAUUAAUAUAUUGAAUUUCUCAGAGCAAAUUAUCUGAGUAGUCUGGGUUCCAGCCACUGGAGAAGAAACUUAGACAAUGUCUCCAUUGUCACUGGAGAAUUUAAAAUUCCCAUUGAUUUCAGAGUGCAAAUGAUAUUAAAGGAAUUAGAAUAACUCUAGGUAAGUAAUAUAGAAAGAUAUUCUGAAUAAGGAGCUAGAUAGACAGAAGUGGGGAUGGUGGUCAGUCUUUCUAAUACUGGCCUAUUUGGCUUAAUAGAAUUUUGUAAUAAUUUUAUCAAAUUAUUGCAUAUUGUAUGCCACUUUUAAUGAAAAACUUACAAUCAAUAAGUUAUUGUAAGGAAAUCAUGCUUGUGUAUAUAUAAUAUAUAAAUACAUCAUUUUAUAUAUUAUAUAUGUACAAUAAAUUUCUUGAUAUGUUCACUUGGGCAAGAAAAUAAAUUGCACCAUUCAUUUUGAUCUCCUAAAAGAAA